AUGGAGAUGGAGGUUGAGGAUAGACAGGAGGUUUAUUCCGUGGCUGGGUCGGCCCCGCCGUGCCGCAAGCCAGCACAACCAUGCACAGCACUAUCAUGUGAGAACCCCGUGUUGCUCCGCAUAUCAAUCACCAGUGAUCCCUUUGCCAUCAUAGAAGCUCGAAUACCACAUCUGAUGCGCAAAGUCACGAUGCACUGGAAUCUCAAGUCUGUCUUGAGGCCCUUAACACCUAGGCCAACCUCCCCGACAGAUUCGGGCAGUACCUUGUACUCCGCUACCACGCCAUCGACCACCUCGCUGUCCACGAACGACCAGUUCCCGUUUCCAACGAACCCGUCUCGCGUCAAGAAAGCUCGACACAAUAAUCAUCCUCAGUAUCUGCCCAGGCCGGACGCCAGCGUUCGAGAUGUUCAGUACUUCUUGUAUACCUUGCUUACUAGCAAAGCGCAUGAGUGCGCAAAGAAGUACCCAGAAUGGGUACUCGAAACAUGCAUGGGCUGGGCUGGUGACGGUCAACAAUUGCGAAGCUGUACCGAAGAGCAGCUAACCACUCUAUGUCCUUACCAAGCCAUCGUCAAUGGCAUAGAUUCGCCAAAGCACCGACCUGGCGCAUUUGUCCCCAUCCCCGCCAGGCACAUGAUUGGCCAAGUCAUCGCACGGUUCGUGGCUGAGAAAAAGUCAAGAGAGAAGCAAAUCGAAGAUGUGCACAGCCGUUUGGAAGAAGAAAGAAGGCGACCAUCUAUAGCGGCAGCGCCAUAUCUGGGCCUGGAGUCGAUGCAAGACCUAUCGUUAUCUCGAUCAGCCUCCCAAGCCUCGAGGAGAUCACGAGCUCAACCCAUACUCCCGCGUGUAGGCCUCGAGCAACAAGCUGUCGUUGGCUUCGGUCCCGUGUUAUGGACGGAACAAGCUAUGCCUAUGAAUGGUGCCUAUGUCCCGGCUUCGACGACCAGACCAGCACACAUGUUCUCGGGACCUUAUAUGUCAGGUGCCUUGAGCGGUUUCUCCUACGAGCAAAUACCAUCCAGCCCUGUCUCUUCUCAAACCUCAUUCGCGCCAUACAACGACAUAUCGAGCCUUCGAAGUCAGUCCAGCGAGCAAUUCCCCACGAUACAGCAGCAAUCACAACAACGCAGGCCCAAUCUCUACUCCGGCCGCGAACUUCACCAUCCGGAUUUCGAUGAAUUGAAUAUGACAGACGCAACAACUAUCAAUUCCAAGCGCCCGCAAAGAUAUGCUCCUCGGCGUCCAUCAAGCCUUCGCACGUCCAGCACGACCGAAAACAGUCAGGAUAAGACGAUAUGCAGCACUGUACCUUUGCGCAAAGGACACACCGUUGAGUUCGUUGAUUCAAAUCCCAGUCCAGUUCCUCCAAGCCGGCCACUUGGCUCCGUUCGUAGACGGAGCUCAUUGGCAGCGUCCAAGCUUGCUGGUGAAACGAUUCCAGAGGCAAUCAAUGAGCAUGCCGAGAGUCCUAGGCACAACGAUGAUUCUCAGAAGACGACGCGACAUGAUAGCGGCGUCGAGAGCGUUCCGUACCGCAGUUCUUCCUCCAGCAGCGAUCCCCCUGCGUUCCUGACGAAUGCGUCUCCCAACUCACGCGAGACCUCAUUGCCUGCCUCAAAGCUGUCACGCUCAAAUACUGUAGGACUAGAACAACAACACCGCGCGUGGUCAGCCCCUCGACCACAUAACACCCUCCCCGUGGCCAAUCAAAUGUCGCGCUGCGUCUCCUUCAACUUGGGACAGGAUGCAAAUCGGCCUAGUGUGGGACUUUCCACAGCCUCUCUUCCGAGGCAGCCAAUUCAAAUGAUCCUAAUGAAACCAGAGGGAAUACCCACUGGACACAAGCCCUGGCAUUACAAGCCAGGUCCAUCUCAACACCCGCCAAAGCCAGAGGCCAAGAUUCGGAACCCAAAAUCUCAGUUGCCCAACCAAACGCUCAUGGAAGGCUUGGAGGAGAGUCAAGCACGAUCGAGCAGUUCGUCUAGGAUGCAGGAGUCUCAGAGACCGAGGCAUGCUGAUGCAAUGGCGAGCUGA